AUAUUUCCCCAACUCUUCUUCAUAGCCAAACCAGCAUAACCCUCUCCAAAACCCUAAAAAUGCGAUUUUUCGGUUCUAUCAGUACCAAUUUCUUCAAGCGCAAGCUCGAAAAUUUCCCACUGAUUCACCAUUUCAUCAACCACAACCCCAGUUUCAAUCUCAAAUUCGUCAGAGAAAAGUCACAAUCCACCGCAAUCCCCAAGAAGCAACUGAGAAUUCGCGACCAUGGCUACGACAACUACAUGGAGGUCGAGAAGAAAACCCGCAAGGUCCUCAAAUUCCAGAACCUCAUCCUCAACGAGCCCAGCCAAUCGGUCCCUAUCCCCCGCCUCGAAACCCUCGCGCGCCGCAUCGGCUUCACGCGCCACGAGGCCGGCGCGUUCAUUCUUAAGUUCCCGCAUGUCUUUGAAAUCUUCGAGCACCCUGUCCAGCGCAUCCUCUUCUGCCGCCUCACGCGCAAGGCGGUCCUCCAGAUUGAUCGGGAGCGUCACGCGCUUGCGGGGUAUCUCCCACGCGCCGUCACGAGCCUCCGGAAGCUAGUUAUGAUGGCCAAUGGUCACCGCCUUCGCCUUGAGCAUGUGAGGAUCGCACGCGCCGUGUUGGGCCUGCCUGAUGAUUUCGAGCAAUCGGUUGUUUUGAGGUACCCUGAAUUUUUUCGGUUGGUUGAUGCUGAUGAAACUAGGAAUAAGUACAUUGAGCUUGUGGAGUUUGACCCUAGGUUAGCAACUUGUGCAAUUGAGGAGGUUAGGGAGAGGGUGUAUAGAGAGAGGGGUGGUGAUGCUGAAGAUAUUAGGUUUUCUUUUUGGAUCAAUUUCCCACCUGGUUUUAAGAUUGGCAAGUAUUUCAAGAUUGCAAUGUGGAAGUGGCAGAGGGUUCCUUAUUGGUCCCCUUAUGAAGAUGUUUCUGGGUAUGAUUUGAGGUCCAUUGAGGCUCAGAAGAGAAUGGAGAAGAGGGCUGUUGCCACUAUCCAUGAAAUAUUGUCAUUGACUGUGGAGAAGAAGAUAACUUUGGAAAGGAUCGCGCACUUUCGGAUGGCCAUGAACCUGCCCAAGAAGUUGAAGGAGUUCCUGCUCCAGCAUCAGGGUAUUUUUUAUGUCUCCACCAGGGGGAAUCAGGGUAAGCUUCACACUGUUUUCCUCAGGGAGGCUUAUCGGAGAGGCGAGCUGAUUGAGCCCAAUGACUUGUAUUUGGCACGGCGGGUGCUGGCUGAGCUGGUGUUGUUGAGCCCCCGGAAAGCUAAGGUUGAUAGGGAGUUGGUUGGGUACAGGCGGCGUGGGUUAGAUGAUGAAAUGGGGCAAGUAACAAGAGCAUACGUGGAGGAUGCUUGUGAAGACUUUAAGGGUGGAGAUGAUGUUGGGGAAGACAAGGAUGCAGAGGAUGAUUUUACAUCAGAUGUAGGUUCUGAUGUUGAUUCUGGAGAUUAGGGUGAUGAUUUUGAUGAUAUUAUCAAUCAGAGGCCAUCUUGAGUGAGUAUUAGGGGAAUCCUUCUGAUCUAAGUUUAUGUCCAAUUUUGCUGUUGAGAAGCCUCUCUUGAUAUAAUUUUGAAAUUUUGGAAGCAAUGGAUGUGAUGGGGUAAAGAUUAGGAUGGAGAGGAUGGUUUGAAUCAAGGUACUGAUGUUGAUUCUGGACAUGAGGAUGAUGAUUUUGACUAUAGUGUAUCAAUGCAGAGGACAUCUUGAGUGAGUAUUGGGAGAAUCUUUUCUAUCUAGGUUUUAGUCCAAUUUUGCCGCUGUGAAAUUCUUUGAUAUAGUUUUGAAAUUUUGGAAGCAGUUGAUAUGGUGGAGUUAAGGUUCCUGUUUUUAUGCAUCUUAACUGAAAUGACUAUGGUGAAUUGGUGAGACUUACAGGGUUUUAUGAUGAAAAUGUUGGGUCUCCUUUCAUGGAGUAAGUGUGCUUUUCUGGAAGAUUUUGUUAAGGACAAUAUGUGAACUCAGAUUUUCUACCUAGAAUAGAUAUGUUGUGUUGCUUCAUUCAGAAUGAAAAUAAUGCCUUGAAGUGAAGGUAUCAACCCAGUCAUGGACUCGUUUGUCACCCUCAUUUACCUGCACAUACAAAAUCCGGCUUCAUAAAAGUAAUGACUGGGGAAACAAAGAAGCAUGGAGCCUGGUGUUGUUGGACCAAGUUGAUCAUCUUUUAUCUUUUAGGAUGAAAGUGACAAUUGUCAUAUUUCAGAAACUAAAGGGGACCUACCUUGGAUCUUUUAGGCUUAUAAUUAUUAUUUACUCGUUUUUAAUUUGUAUAGCUAACAUUACUCGAUUCAAAGAAAGGUUUAUGUGGAAACAAAUAAAAUGGAAUUUUUGGGACAGCAAAAA